UCGUGUGUGUGUGGUAGGUGGUACAACAGGCAGCUGUGGGUUCAGUUAAGGUAAAACAGGACGAACACACGUUUAAUUGUGUCGCCGCUGGGCUGUCCUCCCACAGUGUUGUUCAUACUUACAGGAUCGAGUGACAGCGUGCGGACACUGGUUAUGUUUUGUUUUCACUUUUUCGGAUCGUUUCUGGGAUCGGCGACGUCAAGCUAGGAAAAAUUUAGCCACUGUAAUUUCAAAACAAAAUCGUCGCAGUUUGUCCGGUUGGAUAAAAGUACAGAACAUAAUGCAGGGUGACAUGCUUGGGGCAAUUUAGAAAUGGUGCUGGCAGAUAGUUUUUCCCAGCUGAGUGACUGUCUUCAGCACAUGAAGCAGAGUGCACAUCACAGCUGAGCAGACAGUGGUGUGGGGUCAAGCAGGGUCCAGUAUGCCAAAGGAACAGCCUCCAUUGGAUCAGCACAGCCUUUGUGCUGCACCCAGCAAGAAAGUUAAAGAUAAGAGCAACAAUACAGCUCUACUGGCUAUACGUGACAUUAAAGACAAAGAUGACUCAAGCAGGAGGGGCUCCCACUGCAGCUCCGAGAAGGACUCUGGCUUCUCUGAUGGUUCAGACUGGCAACUGGAGGACCAGAAGAGAAACAAAAGCCAGUUCAGAGCCAGUGAACAUGCAGAAACGUCACAAAACCAAGAACGUAUGCAAAGGAAUCUUGGAAAGCAUUCUGUGAUGCCUGAUGGUCAUGACCAGCCACCUGUUUACAUGAUGAAGAACACGAUGCUUAACCAGUCAGAUGUGACCCAGAAAAGAGGCCAGCUUCUCUGGGGAAACAGCGUCACUGACAUCAACCAUUCGGGUUCUCGUCAAAUAAUCCUUCUCCAGCAGCCAGGAUUGUUGCCUGCUACCUUCCAGCUAUCAAAGCCCUUGUCCCGAAAGUUUAAUGUCUCAGAAAGGAAAAUACCUGGUUCCUACUUACCCAUACUGAACUCCUACCCACGCAUAGCGCCACAUCCCAGCAAGAAACCACCGGAUAAAUAUUCAAUCCAUGAAUGCCAGAGUCUCAGCAAGAGGGUGUGCUCAGAACAAAAGGGUGAUGGCCCGUCUGUGACCCGAAAUCUGCCAGAGCAGCACCUUCAUAAACAACCUAAGUUGGCACUCUCAGCGACUGGCAUGCCGUGUUCUUCUCCACCCCAAGAUCAACUGUCUGCCUCAAGUCCCACCCCUACUUCCAUGAGCCAGAGAUCCCCAUCUGUAUCCAGUCAGGACACCAGCUACUCGUUAUUCACAACCAGUUCGGCUGGACUUAAAAGAGAUGCCACCACCAGUAUUCGCCACCGACGUUUUCUCAACACAGUAAAAAUCCUCCGACAGUCUGGUCUGCUGGACAUUACAUUGCGCACAAAGGAGUUGAUGCGUCAGAGCAACGCCACAGAGAGGGACCUCUCCCAGCUGCGGCAGCACACAGAGCUGCUGUGCCAGGCUGCCAGAAACCCCAGCCUCAAUCUAAAUGGUAUCACUGUUUGGGAGCACCUCCAUCAAGCUAUGGCUGAGUCAGGAAAUUAUCCCAACCUUAAAAUCCUGCAGAAUAUCCAAAUCUCAACUGUGCCAGGUUCUGCCGGUCCAUCAGAAAGGAUUUCCAAAGGAGACACCAACAGGCCACAAGCUGCUGAGACCACACAAGCCCUGCCAAUGUGCCUUCUCAGCACCAUGCCAGAGCAACACUGUGGUGUACAACAACAGUCAAAACAAGACAGGAAGCUCAAGGCCAAUGAGACAUCCUUAGACAAAGCCAGCUUUACACCUCCUGACAGUUCUACUGGUUAGCCCAGUUGGCAGUGCCUUUUUGAAGGGUGAGUUUUAGUUGUGGACAUUUAGUUUUAUGAAUAUUUUAAACCCAGCGUUACAGGAGUCAUGCAGAAAAUCUCUGUAGGUCCAUGGAAAUCAAACACAGACGUAGCUUUAGUCCUUACUGUGCGUGUCACAGUUUUCGGACUUAACUAAUGGCUUAAUGCACUUGAGUGCAAUCAAAGACCAGAUUCACCAUCUGAUGACAGAUGAUGGUACAAUGUGUGCUUGAGAUGCACUUAAAGAAGAGGAAAAAAACGUGUUUCCCUGGGAGAAGGGAAGGGGAGUGGCACUUCAUGCAGUGGUGACAUCUGCAGUAUAUAUUAUCAAGUUUGGUUGUUUUGCUGUUGUUUCAAACCAACCACAUUCAGGGAAAGAUGAAUAGAAACCGUUCUUUUAUACCUGUAUCACCAACAUCGGUGUGAUUAUUCUGUGCCUUUGAUAGCACAGCUGAAGCUAAAGACUCAAAAUAUAAACUGUUCAACACUACACUGGACAUGUGGAUUUCUGUCCAGUCUCUUUUCCACAAAGCCUUAAAGCUUUUUUUCUUUUUUUUAAACAGGGGCACAUUUACAUCACAGGCUAUCAUGCUGUUGUUGUUGGUAAUAACAACUUUCUUUCUUUUACAAACACAGCACACAUCUCAUGAUAAUGGAAGCAAUUCUGCAACAAGCUCUAUGUAUCCAGUCAUACCACAUCCUCUCAUGUAGCCGCUUUAUUUUUUACUUUUUUUUCUUUUUUUUUGAUCAAGCCACUAAUUGUUGCUUUUGUAUGGUCAUUUGUUUUUGCUCGUAGAAAACCACACUUUGGUUUAUAAAUGUAAAAAUUUGAGUAUAAACGCUGUUGUUUUUGUUUUGUUUUUUUAAUGCAUAGGGUAUGUGCAAGAUUAUUCUCUCUUUCUGCAUAUGAACACAUUUGUGAAACUUAAGGUGGUUUUUAAUGCUAAGUUUUCAUAAUUAAGCUAUUUAAAUAAAACAAUAU